CCCUUCCCGGCAGCCGCCGUGGCGUACUCGAAGCCCCGUUUGGCCACGUUCUGGUACUACGCCAAGGUGGAGCUGGCCCCGCCGACCCCCGCCGAGAUCCCCCGGGCCAUCGACAGCAUGAAGGCCAUGGUCAGGGGCUUCCAGACCGGCCGCCUGGCGCAGCUCACCGUCAAGGAAGCGCUGAGGAACGGUCUGGUGGCCACGGAGGUGCUGAUGUGGUUUUACAUCGGGGAGAUCAUAGGCAAGGGCGGCCUGAUCGGGUACAACGUCUGA